UCCAGCGGCUGGUCUGAGCGAGAGGACCCAGCAGCCCCAGUAGCACUUGCCAUGGCCUUGCCCAAAGGCUUUUUGGUAGCCUGGGUGCUCAGCCUCUGGCCAGGGUUCAGCAGUACCUUCAACAUGGACACCAAGAGGCCCCGGAUCAUCCCAGGUUCCAAAGAAGCCUUCUUUGGCUACACUGUGCAGCAACAUGAAAUCAGUGGGAAGAAGUGGUUGGUGGUGGGAGCUCCAUUUGAAACCAAUGGUCACCAGAAGACUGGGGACAUUUACAAGUGUCCAGUGAUACAAGGAAAUUGCUCCAAACUGAACCUAGGCAGAGUCACCCUGUCCAACGUGUCUGAGAGGAAGGAUAACAUGCGCCUGGGCUUGAGUCUCACCACCAACCCCAAGGAUAACAGUUUUGUGGCAUGCAGCCCUCUCUGGUCUCACGAGUGUGGGAGUUCAUACUAUACCACAGGGAUGUGCUCUCGGGUCAACUCCAACUUCAGAUUCUCCAAGACAGUGGCCCCAGCUCUCCAAAGGUGUCAAACAUACAUGGAUAUCAUUAUUGUCUUGGAUGGCUCCAACAGCAUCUACCCCUGGGUGGAAGUCCAGCACUUUCUCAUAAACAUCUUGAAGAAGUUUUACAUUGGCCCUGGUCAGAUCCAGGUGGGCGUGGUUCAGUACGGAGAAGAUGUGGUGCAUGAGUUUCACCUGAAUGACUACAGGUCUGUCAGAGAUGUGGUGGAAGCUGCCAGCCACAUCGAGCAGAGAGGAGGUACAGAGACCCGGACGGCGUUUGGGAUAGAAUUUGCUCGCUCGGAGGCUUUCCAGAAAGGAGGAAGGAAGGGGGCUAAGAAGGUAAUGAUUGUUAUCACAGAUGGAGAGUCCCAUGACAGCCCAGAUCUGGAGAAGGUCAUUGAGGACAGUGAGAAGGAUAACGUAACUCGAUACGCUGUGGCUGUCCUUGGCUACUAUAACCGAAGGGGCAUCAACCCAGAAGCUUUUCUGAAUGAAAUCAAAUACAUAGCCAGUGACCCUGAUGACAAGCACUUCUUCAACGUCACGGAUGAGGCAGCCCUGAAGGAUAUUGUGGAUGCCCUGGGGGACAGGAUUUUCAGCUUGGAAGGCACCAACAAGAAUGAAACAUCCUUUGGACUAGAAAUGUCACAGACAGGAUUUUCCUCACAUGUAGUGGAGGAUGGGAUUUUGCUGGGAGCAGUUGGCGCAUAUGACUGGAAUGGAGCUGUGCUGAAGGAGACCAGUGGUGGAAAAGUCAUUCCUCACCGAGAGUCAUAUCUAAAGGAAUUCCCUGAAGAGCUGAAGAACCAUGGGGCAUAUCUCGGUUACACAGUAACUUCUGUGUCCCGUGAUCAGGGCAGGGUCUAUGUGGCUGGAGCACCCCGAUUCAACCACACAGGCAAAGUCAUCCUUUUCAUGAUGCACAGCAACCGUAGCCUGACAAUCCACCAGUCUCUGAAAGGAGAACAGAUUGGCUCAUACUAUGGAAGUGAAAUCAAUUCUUUGGAUGUGGACAGCGACGGGGUGACAGACAUUCUACUGGUUGGCGCACCGAUGUUCUUCAGUGAGGGCCGAGAGCGGGGCAAAGUGUACGUCUAUGUUCUGAGACAGAACCGAUUUAUUUAUGAUGGGACACUAAAAGAUUCCCACGGUUACCAAAAUGCCCGGUUCGGCUCUUCCAUCUCCUCAGUCCAAGAUCUCAACCAGGAUUCUUACAAUGACAUCGUGGUGGGAGCUCCCCUGGAGAAUGACCACCAGGGAGUCAUCUAUAUCUUUCAUGGCUUCCAGAACAACAUACUGAAGAGGUAUAAGCAGAGAAUUGCAUCCUCAGAGCUGGCCCCAGGUCUCCAGUAUUUUGGCUGUAGUGUCCAUGGGCAGCUGGACCUCAAUGAAGAUGGACUCAUUGACUUGGCAGUGGGAUCCCUUGGUGGUGCUGUGAUCUUAUGGUCCCGGAGUGUGGUUCAGAUCAAUGCCAGCAUCCACUUCGAGCCAUCCAAGAUCAACAUCUUCCACAAGGACUGCAAGCGGAAUGGCAAGGAUUCAACCUGCAUGGUGGCAUUCCUCUGCUUCCUGCCCAUCUUCCUGUCCCCUCAUUUCCAAAGUGCAACUGUAGGCAUCAAGUACAAUGCCACUAUUGAUGAGCGGCGGUACACACCACGAGCCCACCUGGAUGAGAAUGCAGACAAAUACACACACAGGACAGCUUUGCUCUCUGCUGGCCAUGAAUACUGUGACCGCAUCAACUUCCACGUUCUGGACACAGCAGACUACGUGAAGCCAGUGACGUUCUCAGUCGAGUUUGCCUUGGGUGAUCCUGACAAUGGGCCCAUCCUGGAUGAUGGUUGGCCUACUACACUCAGAGUCUCAGUACCCUUCUGGAAUGGAUGCAAUGAGGAUGAACACUGUGUGCCUGACUUGGUCCUAGAUGCCCAGAGUGACAUUCCCACCGCCAUGGAGUAUUGCAACAGAAUCCUGAGAAAGACCCAGCCAGAGUGCUCUUCCUACACCCUGUCCUUUGAUACAUCCAUUUUCAUCAUAGAGAGCACCCGGCGGCGUGUGGCAGUGGAGGCUACACUGGAGAACAGGGGAGAGAAUGCUUAUAACACAGUUCUGAACAUUUCCUACUCAAAAAACCUGCAGUUUGCAAGCUUGAUUCAGAAGGAUGACUCGGAUGGCAGCAUUGAGUGCAUAAACGAGGAGAGAAGGAUCAACAAGAAAGUCUGCAAUGUCAGCUACCCAUUUUUUAAAGCAAAAGCCAAGGGAGCUUUCCGCCUGGAUUUUGAAUUCAGCAAGUCGGAUUUUCUUCAGAAUAUGGAGAUCCUCCUGACAGUUGGCAGUGACAGUGAAGAGCAGGAAAGCACCAAAAAAGAUAACUCAGCUCUCCUCAAUUUCCACCUUAAAUAUGAAGCUGACAUCCUUUUCACCAGAAGUUCCAGCCUGAGCCGCUAUGAGGUCAAGUCCAACAGCUCCUUGGAGGGUUACAACAGCAUUGGCCCUCCUUUCCAAUGCACAUUUACGAUCCUAAACUUGGGAUUUUUCCCAGUAGAAGGGGUCACAAUUAAAAUCACGAUCCCCAUUGCCACCAGAGGAGGGAACCGCCUCCUGAUGCUGAGUGACUUCUUUGUGAAUCAGGAGAAUUCAACAUGCAACAUCUGGGGGAACAAUACUGACUACCAACAAGCUCCCACUGAGGAGGACCUGAGUCACUCACCACAGCUGAACCAUAGCAAUUCAGAUGUGGUUUCAAUCCAAUGCAACGUGAAGCUGGCCACCAACCAAGAAAUGAGUUUCCACCUGCUGGGGAAUCUAUGGCUGAAAUCCCUCAAAGCACUCAAAUUCAAGUCUUUGAAAAUCAAAGUCAAUGCGGCACUGCAGCGUCAGUUCCAGAGCCCUUUCAUCUUCCGGGAAGAAGAUCCCAGCCGGCAGAUCAUUUUCGAAAUCUCUAAGCAAGAGGAUUCCCAGAUCCCAAUCUGGAUCAUCAUUGGAAGCACAUUGGGAGGCCUCUUGCUCCUUGCCCUGCUGGUUCUCGCACUCUGGAAGCUCGGAUUCUUUAAGAGUUCCAGUCGAGAAAGGAAGACAGAACAGGAACCCAAUGCCAAAGUGCUGGAAUGAGGCUUCAUCUGGGUGUGAUUCAAUGGGGACAGGACGGGGGUACGCUUGGUGUCUGCAGCCUGUGGAGCGCCCAUCUGACCAUCUCUGAACCAAGGGGAGAAGAGAAGAGGCAUCCCUUUUCAAAUGAUGUCAUCUCAAAGCAUAAAUUCCCAGGGUGGCUGCAGUCCUGCGUUCCCCAGAAAGGUACUUCAAACUGGUUUUUAAACAACGCUGCUCUACCUGAGCCCUGGCAGCUGAGCGCACACACACACACACACACACACACACACACACACACACACACACUGCUCCUGCCUGGCUUAUCCAAAGACCCAGCUCUGUUUUCUCAGUGUCUCAAUUUAGAGAUGCUUUGGGGGAGCAUACCUUUCCCAAGGUGCCAGGAUGCAAGCAAUUCUUCUUCAUCAUCAUUAUUGUCAUCAUGAUCAGAUAAAACCUGGGGAAGAAGAUUCUAACGGCCACUGCUCAUGCUCUAUCCCCAACACUAGGCUGUGCAGAAAAUCUGAGCAGUGUUGUAGGAGGCACUAAGAUUUGGUACGUUCAUCUCCUACCCACCUGAAAUUCUGCUGACGGCUCAUCAAUCGUCCCACCCAUCCUGAUUCUUUACCACAUUUUCUCCAAGCUGGAUUGGACAACAGCAGGUGGAAGACCUCAUGAGGUUCCUCCCUAUCCCCUGCCAGAUUAACUCAGAGCCAAGGGAAGUCCUACAUCCCAAGGAGCAAUUUAUCCCAGGGAAUAAGGUUUUGUUUUCUACCCCUAGCAGUUAUGGGAUGUGAAGACUCGGACAGGCAGGGAUUUAUGUCACCAGCCUCAGCAAUCAGAGAGGCAGGCUAAAUACAAACACACACACACACACACACACACACACACACACACACACACACACUUCCCUCCUUACUCCCCAGCUACUGUUAAAGUGCUUUAGUUUCUCAGUACCUCAGAGGGAAGAGUUUGGAUGAUGCAAAACAUGGUGCUAUGAAAUCUACAUUUCUGGUUUUCCUACUGACAGCCUACAGGAAGAAGGUAUUGGAGUUGGUUACCGGGGAGGAGUCAAAUCCCAAACUCUGCUCUAUGUACCUGACAGUAUUCAUUCAUUUGGCAACAUAUCCAUUCACUACAGCCAAGCUGUGGCUUCUGCCAACCCCUUCUCAACCAAACCCCCUAGAAGGAUUCCACUCAUGGUCCUGCCAAUCCCAAAGAUAUAACCAGUGGUCUAAGAGAGAAGAGUUUUAGCAGAGAUAUUUUGAUUCAUCAUCUUCUGAAUGCACUGAAUAAAAUCCUUAUCAAAUUAAGCACCUUAAUGUACAGAGUUCAGUGUCCAACUACAUAUUCAGGAAACAUUUACAUUUGAGACAUUAUGAAAAAACCAGUUUGAAGCAUCUUCUACAAACUGUGUGGCUUCAUAAGUGUGUGUGUGUGCAAGGGAAACUGACAGGUGUGUACUGGCUGAGUCCACCAUGAGGCCACUGAGCCAGAAGACACCGAGGCCAACGGUCUAGGCCUUCUUUGUGCAAAAUGGAAUUAUUUAUGCCUUUUGAACUUAUUUUUGAUGGGAACAGGGGGAUGCGGGGGAACCAAGAGCAUCUGUCCACCUGUUACAUAGUACAA